CCUCAAUCUUCCUCUCCAUUUUUCUCUCAGCUACUCGAUUCUUUGAGCAUCUUUCUCUAUAUUCCAGCCAUUCUGUUAUCCUUCUUUUUUUCUUCGAAUCUCAUAAUUUAUAGCUCUCCACAUAUAAAUCCCACCAACCACCAAGAUACAAUGACAACAACUACAGAAACCAGCCUCAUAACCCUCCCCACCAAGCCCACUGCCCAACUAAGCUAUACAUUUUACCCUCCGGCCUCUCGAUCCUCCAACAAGACCCUACUCAUCUUCCUCAACGGCCUCACAGCCCCCCAAACCUCGUGGAUCCCCAUCAUCCACCUCCUCCAAUCCACCCACCCACACAACCUCCCAGCCAUCCUCACCUACGACCGCUACGGCCAAGGACAGACUCCCUCCAGGGAUCCAGCCGACCAGGAUGCCCCAGACCCAGGCCACGGGCACGACAUCCUCUCUGCCCUGGACGACCUCCACCAACUCAUCCAGCAGAUUGCCAGACUCCAUCUCCACACAUCAACAACCCCCUCAGACCUAAACCUAAUUUUAGUAGGCAACUCCCUGGGCUGCGCUCUCGCCCGUCUUUACGCCCAAACGUACCCAGGCACUGUGUCCGCCCUCCUCCUGCUCGACAGCAUCCUCGCCAACUCGGAUUUCGUGUCUGUGAUUCCGGAUCCUACUGCACCGGGCUUUGUUCCACCGCCGAGAGAGGAUGGCAUCUCCGUUCAGGAUCUGGCCAUGGCGCGAGCUAUUGCGGGGAAGGUCUUUCAUCCAUCUGUGGGGAGUAAGGAGGGCCUGUCGAGACGGAAUCUGGCGGAGUUGUUGCCUGAGAGUGGUGGGCCGAGGCUGAUAGGGCCUGAUGCUGGAAGGGGGCCAUGGGUCACGGUCAUUGGACAUGAUGGGAAGACUUUUGCGGAGGAGAGCGUGAGGAUGACGGGUGGGAAGGUGUCUGGAAGGGUGUUCGAGGUGUAUGUCACCCCGUUUUGGGAGAGGUAUCAUCGGGGAUUGUUGGGUAUUACAGAUGAGGAGAGAGGGAGGGGACCACUUGUUGCUGAUGGUGCCGGGCAUGUGGUGCAACUGGGAAAUCCGGGGUUUGCGGCAGAGGAGUUGGGAAGAUUGCUGGAUAAGGUUAUGGGGUGAUAGUCGAUUCUAGUUCGGAUGGGUUAGAUGGCUGCUUUUGUUCCUGGGGGACUGUUUACACCUAGGUGCUAGUACUCGGCAUCAAUGUAUUUUAUUUUAGUAGAUUUCAACUGCCAGGAUAAGGGGUUGAGAUUAAUAGCACUCACUUACUUCCAAAUC